AUGAUACUUUCAGAAUGUUGGGGUGAUGAACCAGAUAAACGUCUAGCUAUGGAUCUAUCAAGGGCCCCUGAUUGUGAUGAUUGGAACCGCGUCGUGAUAAUUGAAGUGAUAUCUACUAAGUUUACUAGUAUUAAAAUGGCCAAAGUGUACAUGGAACAAGUAAUAACUAUGAAAAGACAUUCAUUAACGGCGUCAGAGCCUAAUCACAUAUUAGCGCAAUAUUUGCUGCAAAAACCUGUUCCACCUUUUAAAAAGUAG